UGUACGCUCACGGACGGAAGUGAGGUGAGGCGCGAGCCUCAACCUUUGAGGGAAAGAGGAAGUGCUUGGGCGUCGCAGGGCCGGAGGCGCGGGGAUAGAAGGAGCACCAUGUCCGCGGAAGUCCCCGAGGCAGCGUCGGCGGAGGAGCAGAAGGAAAUGGAAGAUAAAGUAACUAGUCCAGAGAAAGCUGAAGAAGCAAAAUUAAAAGCAAGGUACCCACACUUGGGACAAAAGCCUGGCGGGUCCGAUUUCUUAAGGAAGCGAUUGCAGAAAGGGCAAAAGUAUUUUGAUUCUGGGGAUUACAACAUGGCGAAAGCAAAGAUGAAGAACAAGCAGCUUCCUGCUGCAGCCCCGGAUAAGACAGAGGUCACUGGUGACCACAUUCCCACUCCACAGGACCUUCCUCAGCGGAAACCAUCCCUGGUUGCUAGCAAGCUGGCUGGCUGAUUAAAAGAGCUGAACUGCAUGAGUCUUCUAAUGUCCUUUAUUUCUCCUUACUAUGUUCCUUCCCCACUUUCUGUUUCCUUUCACUCACUCUGUCAUUGAGACUGACAGCUUUGCAGAUAGUGGUAGUGUGUGCUGCUGUCGUAAGGGAGCAUACAUAUGUAGAGGUUUUGGUUAGUUUACAGUGCACUGAUGCAAAGGACAUGUAACAGCAACUUAAGUAAUUGACGUUAUAAUAAUUGUACAUAUUACCUAGCUGGUGUAGGGCUGGCUCCAACAAGUAGCAAGCAAGUUUUACAGCUUUAAUGUUCUAGCUUUCCUUACUUCCUCGUAAUUACAGCUUUGUAUGUUACUCUUAUUUAAUAGAACCUCUGUUGUAUUGAUUUCUUCUGUAUUUUCCUUUUGAAUUUUGUAAGACAGAAGUUUAAGACCACAAGUUGGAAGACAAGUCACAUAAUUCAAACACAAGUAAAUGGGCUGCAAAAGAUUUGAAUAACUGCUUGGACUUGACGGCCUUAAACCUGCUGUUUCAGCUUUAACAAGAGCAUCUUACCUGGGCGAUAUUUGCCCGUUGUGGUGAGACUUGUGUGACUCCAGUGCUUACCAGCUGUCAUUGAAGCUAGUGCUCUUCCUCGGUUCUGCAGUCUUGAGACAGCUUUCUUUGUUGAAGACGUGAAUGGGUGUGCAUGUGCACUGACUAUUGCAUUCACUUUUGUGCCAUUUUUGUAAAUACAAUAGUUUUGCACAACCUUUUACAAAUGUCUGUAUUAAUUUCACCAUAUUAGAAAGUAGAUAAUGUGCCAACCAGAAGCACAAGACUUCCUACACAAAUCUGCCCACCAUUACUGCUUUUGUAUAAGAAUAGUUUACAAUCUUGAGCUUAUUAGAAUACCAAACUAAAAUCUACUCACCCUGAUACAGAAUUAAGCAUUUUUAUUUGUUACUAAUAUUCAUGACUUUCAGUGGCCUUGUACAAAUAUGAUAUGUUGCUUAGGCAUAUCUUUUGUUCUAUGCAGAACAUUUCAUUUUGACUCUUACAAAAAAUUACAAUUCAUAUAAUUUAUAUAAACUUUCUUAAUGUAGAAACUUUUACUUCCACACUCAACUUUGGGGGAUACUAAAGUUAAAGGCUUGCAUUCUCUGCCUUCCGUGUUCUUCUCAAACCCCAUCUUCUCUCUUUUGCGUCUGUGACUUGUGUUGGGCCGUUCCAUUUAUAUGAGAACAUACAUAUCUAUAUCUUGUCUUUACUUUUUAAACUUGCUUAAAUAAAAGGACUUUUGUGAGGGUUUUUUUUGUUAUGCUGAGGAUCAAACCACUGUCUUACAUGUGCUUAGCAAGCACUGUACUAUGGAACUACACUCUUAUCCCUAAGGGAACUUUAUAAUGAAGCAAGUAGUUGAAAAGAUUGGCCUAGGAAACUGUCAGGAUUAGCUGAAUUCUGGUAAAUAAUUUUAAGUAAUUAGAAGGAACUAGGAGAAUUUGGGCUUAUAACAAUUAUAGUGAUUUAUGUAGUAGGUAAAACAUUAAAAUUAGGUUUCUCUUAUACAUGUCAUUUUAAUAAAAUAUCACUUUACUUUUA